GAGAUGACGUUGGGUUUCGAGAAGGAUGUCAACAAGAAGCUCAAAAGUGCAACCAGGCAGCUUCCCGAUCAAGUCGCUUCGAUGGGCCGAUAGUUUGAUAUCUGGUGGUGGGAGUCUUUUUACAACCCAUCGGCCCGGUCCGUUCACUUGGAUAUAUUGUUGACUUUAAAGUACAUAACAACCGGUCACUUUACUCAACACCUUUUUUCCCACUCGAUUCUUCCAAUUUGCGUCUCGUGAGGCAAAAUCGAUGACACAUCUUCAUCGGUUAAUGCACUGAUCGACUACGGUAUUGGAAUAAAUUAUCGAGCAUUUCGCGCAACCGAAUAUUUCUAGCCUCCAUGUCCAGUUCUACAGAGAAGGAGUCGACAACCUCGGUGGGUUCAGAUACCACGUCUGUGACGAGGAAACUUCAAUACUGUGAUUAUUUAAUUGGUCCAUCUUCUCUGGAUCCAAACUCCUUGAAAUUGAGAAGCCCGCCCGAUCGUGGCCGUGGCAAGGUGAGGGCUGGAAGACGAAACGCCGGUGUACGGCGAGAUUCCAAGAGCCCGGCUUCACCGGACAGGUUUAUCCCACUACGAGACUCGAUUGACAACCAAGAUACGCCAUACAGAGUUGGAAAGGACCCACAAGAACUGUCACCCGAAGAGAGGCUUUUCCGCCGCCGCUCACCUGGGGAGGACCCCUUCACCCCUAAGAAAACUCGACAGUCAAAGAGUGCCACGAAAGCAGGCCGUGUUUUCAGUCCCCAUUUCGGGCCUCAUCUUGUAAACGACUCAACACCACCUGGAAGGUCAGCGUCGACCGGGGCAAGGGAUGCAACCAGGCGCGUGAGCAGUGGAGCAAUAUGGGCUGUUGGUGGCACUUCAGCUGCAUUAGGCCGACGGUCAACAGUGGCACUGGGUGGCCCGAGGGGUCUACUUUCAAAUGGGACUACAGCUCCGAUGUAUGCUGCCAAGUUCCUACCGCAGAUUCGCACUUCAGCAGAAGAUCGUGCAACAUAUGAAUCCAGAAUUGCACUGGCGCUAGACAUUGACCCUGCGGCCAGAAUUCUCAACAACUCCAACCUCUUAUCCGUAAUUGACCCGCUCCCGAGCCCUUCCUCUCCAGAAUAUGAGCAGCUUUCACCCCUGGUCUGGAAAGAUAACGCCUGGAGGAGGGUUGAGCGUGGUCAAUACAACAGCGUUCCGCUCAGUUCCAUAUAUAUUUAUCCAUCAAAGUCAGAAUAUCUACAUGCUGUAUUACAGAGAUCCCUGGUAGUGAGGGAGCCAGCAAAUUCGAGAAAGGACAAGGAUACCAUAGUUCCAAGCCUCCCAUUCCGAACUUUGGAUGCCCCUCUUUUGCGUGACGACUUCUACUGUUCAACCCUAGCAUAUUCCACCAUCGCCGGGACCCUUGCCGUCGGUCUUGGUCACCGCGUUUAUCUAUGGUCCGAAGCUUUCGGCGUGCAAAAUCCUCCUCUUGGAGAACACGAUUCCUCGAACUAUGUGACAUCUCUAUCAUUCUCUUCCGAUAACGGAGGUAGGAGCAUCUUAGCUGUGGGUAGGAAAUCGGGCAUGUUGAGCCUAUGGAGCACAUUUGACUCCGAUGUGCGCUUCGAGAUAAGCCAUUCAAGCACUAUUACCUGUGUCGCAUUCAAGCAGAUGAAGUCAAAGAGACUCUCAGAGAGGUCUGACGACAUCGAAGUGGAUACUGAAGACCUUGCGGUGGGCGACGAUCUUGGGAAUAUCUGGUACUAUUCCGUGGAAUGGCCAAAUAAAGAAGCAAGAGAUCGAUUUGGCUGGCAUGGUAGAGUCACUUUACUCGCAAAAAUAUCAGCUCAUACGCAACAGAUAUGUGGCAUCGCAUGGUCACCGGAUGGGACCUAUCUAGCAACUGGCGGUAACGACAACGCCUGUUUACUAUUCGAGCUGUCCGACAUUAUCCCUGUACGAGAGCUUGGUGUUUCAUCCAGAACAUGCUUGCCACAUCAAAACUGUCACCCUGAGGGCAUGAGCUGCCCCAACUCUUUCUCUUGCUUGGCAGCAAAUGCCAGUCGACGGCUCUUCAACCAGCGUAAUCUGUUGGCCAAUCUACUUCCAACGUGGACAACGUCACGAACUAGAUCAUUGUCUUCUUCUCUUCCUUCAGUCCUGACUCAGACCGGAUCGGUAGUUUCAGGUGGUGAUCGAACUGUCUUUGUCCCGUCAAAUCGUCAGAAACACAAGUUGGUUCAUGCUGCAGCUGUCAAGGCUAUUGCGUUUGCCCCCUGGCAGCCUUCGCUCCUAGCUACUGGAGGAGGUUCCAACGACCGAACAAUCCACUUCUUUCAUACACCUUCUGGUGCUUGUCUGGCGACCAUUAAUGUGUUCGCCCAGGUUACUAGUCUGAUCUGGAGCAAGACAAGAAGAGAGCUAGUUGCGACGUUCGGAUUUGCGCAACCGGAGCAUCCGUAUCGAAUUGCAAUCUUUGCGUGGCCAAGCUGCGAACAGAUUGCCGCAAUUCCUUGGGGUCCUCAUGGCACGAGCUGGGACAGGCCCGCCAACGACACUGUCGUCGAUUGUGGACGUGCACUUUGUGCCGUUAGCUACCCUGGGAGACCUCCCACGUAUCUUCACGAGGGGUUAGAUACUCCAGAAGAGUCCUCCAUUCCACGACCCCCAAUCCAUGAUAGUUUAACGAGCGGUGACCGAACAGGAGUUUCCCGGCGCCUGAUGGGGCGUGUGGUUGUUCGUCCUAGAGCCAAAGAAGGGGGUCUCUGGUGCUCACGUACCGUGGAAGAAGGAUGUAUUAUCGUAGCAUCUAGUGACCAGAGCGUCAAAUUUCACGAGGUAUGGAGCGGAUCAUCUAAACAUAAAUCUUCGGCCUCUGGUCCCUACGGGGGCAGUGAGAUACUCGAAGGGCUUGAAGGACUGGAGAACCCGGGUCGCGAAAUUAUUCGUUAGGCAAUUCUCGAGGGUAUUUGGGGACUAUUGAGUUCCUAAUCGGAGUAUUCUUACUCAAUUCAUCCUCAAUGACGAUGUAUAUCAGUUGGCCAAGCUAUUCUUAAAAUCUCACGACUAUCGUUUGUUAUUAAAAAGCGAUU